GUUAACCACUGCGCCACGACAGGAACUCCUUGAAUGUCAGAUCUUGAUGAAGGCAGCUCAUGGUCCUCUCAUGUCCCACCUGCCCUCAGCUUCCUCUCCUCCCAGUUCCUGGAGCUAUCCCACAACAGGAGGAGAGAGAAGCACACCUGGGGAGGUGAUGCGUGGGAUAAGGAGCACAUUGGUAGCAGGAAAAGGAAUGAGUCAGGUGACAGGACAGAGAGUGUCACCCCUUGUAGUCCCUGCCCCUGGCCUUUGUUGACUCACACAUGUGGGGUCGUGCUUCCUGGAACAAGGUUUUCCCAAAGAGUCCUCACCAAGUAUUGACAAAAGCUUGUGCCCGGGAAGAGAAUUAGACCCCACGGGACCUGGCUCCUUGAGAUCCGCAUAUUUCAGUUGGGCCCACGGGCCUCGUCCCAGUCCCGGAGGAUUGUGCUCACCCCACUCUUAAACCCUAGAGCCCAGAUCCCUGUGUCAGCAGCGAGAGAUCAUUAUGGAUUCGGGUCUGCUCACCCCUCUCUUCAUGUCAAACCACCUGGCCUCUUUGAGCCAUUUUUUUUUUUUUUUCCCUGCCUUAAAAACAGCCUCUGGACUUGCUGCUCCCUCUCUCACUCAGAGAAAUAUGAAGAGGGUGAGAGAUGGCUUUUACAAAGAAAUGUGCUCUCAGCGCAGACUCAGCAUCAUAAUUCUUCUCUGUCAAUAAUAAUCAUUCUGGGCCAGGCUUCCUGUGUAGAGUGGACUCCAGGCUCCCAGAGUUUGAAGAGCAGCUUUGCUAAGGGCGGGCUUACUGCCUUGAAGACUGGGGCAGCAGAGGGGAGAGGGGGAGACCUGAGGUGUGGCUGCAGUCUCCUGCCCACUUGAUUGUGCCUUUGGAGCUUCCGAUAAGGACCUCAUAGGCCUCAAGCGUCCUCCUCCAGUUGAGACAUGGGAGGAGGUUUGGGGAGGACAGGGCACUCUGAUCCUGUGUCAAAGAGGUAAGAUGGCACUGUGCCUGAAGUCCUGAUGCCCUUCAGCGUGGCCCAGGGGAGCAGCCGGGAACCCACAGAAGGCUACUCCACUAAGGAGCCAGCCCCAGGGAAUGGGGGUCCUGGCCCAGAGGGACGAGCUAGGGGUGGGGUGGGUGUUGGAGCCUCCCCCCCUCCCCAUUUCCAGUGAAGAGGCAGGGGAAGGGUUAACUCACUGCAGGGUGGGAGUGGGUCACCUCUGGAUCUGCACCUCCUGGGGACAGCCAGCAGGCAGGCCUCCCAUCUCUGAAGGUGCUGCCUGCCUGGCCAGCAGGAAGGGGUUAACACGCCCUGCGCUUCCUUCUGUGUCCUGUUACUGCUGAGGCAGACCUGCCUGGCCAGCUGAGCAACUUUCCUCCCAGUGCUGCCUGCCGGCUGGGCGUCCAGAAGACUGGCAGGCAGGAGGCAGAGCAGCAGCCCAUUCCAGGGACCCUGAGGGGUCUGUGCCUCUUGGGAGAGGGCGGGUCUCCAGAACGAGGGUCCGCGGUGGAUGGCUCUGGGGGCACUCCCAAGGCUGUGCUGUCCCCCUGCUGCGCAGGUUGGAGGGUCACUGCAGAGGCUGCUCGUGGUCCCCGGGCUGGGGCCAAGGGAGCCUGAACCAGAGCCCACAGGAUGGGGAGGUAAAGACAGGUUUGAGUCACUAGCGAGGGGGAGGGCAGGCAUUAAACAACGAGCGCUGCCCGUGGCGCCCCGCAGAAGCCCUGCCACCACUGGACAGAAAGGCAGCACGCAGAAGGUGUGAGUGUGAAGAAAUGAACAUGCCCAGCUAGAAGUGCCAGCUGAAUAAUAAAUCGAAUAAGAAAAAUAAAAAGUAAUUGCCUGCCCAAAGCGGUUCCUGGCAUCAGGGACACCCUGGCCAGGCCUUAAGUCACUGGCUGAGGUGGGCCUGAAUGCCAGAGCCUCUCUUCCUCAGACCCAUGUGGAAGCCAAGGACACAGCCGCCCUGCUGAGAGCACGGCGGCCCACGCUCGGAGACGGUGACCUCUCGACGGUGGCCCUCGGUCCUCCACCUCUGGCUGGGGCGGGGGCCGCCCAUCUCCAAGUCCCCGGCCAUGACGACCUCCGCGCUGCGGCGACAGGUCAAGAACAUCGUGCACAACUACUCGGAGGCGGAGAUCAAGGUGCGCGAGGCCACCAGCAAUGACCCGUGGGGUCCGCCCAGCUCCCUCAUGUCGGAGAUCGCCGAUCUGACCUUCAACACGGUGGCCUUCGCCGAGGUCAUGGGCAUGCUGUGGCGGCGGCUCAAUGACAGCGGCAAGAACUGGCGGCACGUGUACAAGGCGCUGACGCUGCUCGACUACCUGCUCAAGACGGGCUCCGAGCGGGUGGCCCACCAGUGCCGGGAGAACCUCUACACCAUCCAGACGCUCAAGGACUUCCAGUACAUCGACCGCGAUGGCAAGGACCAGGGCGUCAACGUGCGUGAGAAGGUCAAGCAGGUGAUGGCCCUGCUCAGGGAUGAGGAGCGCCUCCGGCAGGAGCGGACCCACGCGCUCAAGACCAAGGAGCGCAUGGCGCUGGAGGGCACAGGCAUUGGCAGCGGCCAGCUGGGCUUCAGCCGCCGCCACGGGGAUGUUCGCGGUUCCCCGUCCUCCUACAACUCCUCCUCCUCAUCCCCCCGCUACACCUCUGACCUCGAGCAGGCCCGGCCACAGACAUCAGGAGAAGAGGAGCUGCAGCUGCAGCUGGCCUUGGCCAUGAGCCGCGAGGAGGCUGAGAAGCCGGUCCCCCCAGCCUCCCGCAGGGAUGAGGACCUGCAGCUGCAGCUGGCCCUGCGCCUGAGCCGGCAGGAGCAGAAGGAGGUGAGGUCCUGGCGGGGAGACGACUCCCCUGUGGCCAAUGGUGCUGGGACUGGAGUCCACCGUCAGCGAGACAGAGAGCCCGACAAAGAAGAGAGAGAGGAGGAGAAGCGGCAAACCAGCCAGUCCUCCAUCCUGGACCUGGUGGACAUCUUCGCACCAGCCCCGGCCCUGCCCUCCACACACUGCUCUGCUGACCCAUGGGACAUCCCAGGUCUCAGGCCCAAGACAGAGCCCAGUGGUUCGUCCUGGGGGCCUUCCGCAGACCCCUGGUCUCCAGUCCCCUCAGGAAGCAUCCUGUCCCAAAGCCAGCCCUGGAACUUGUCCCCUAUGCUCUCGUCCUCUGAGCCCUGGGGCCGGACCCCAGUGCUGCCUGCUGGACCACCCAUCACAGACUCCUGGGCACAGAACUCCCCCCACCACAAACUCCCCAACUCAGGGGCCGACCCUUGGGGGGCCGCGGUGGAGACUUCCAGCACAUCUGGGCUAGGUGGUACCUCAAACUUUGACCCAUUUGCCAAGCCUCCAGUAUCCACAGAGACCAAGGAGGGGCCAGAGUGUGCCCAGGCCCCGCCCUCUGCGCAGCCCAGCAGUCCUGUGGAGCUGGACCUGUUUGGAGACUCCAUCCCCAGUUCCAAGCAGAAUGGCACAAAGGAGCCAGAUGCCUUUGACCUUGAUGUACUGGGGGAAGCGCUAACACAGCCCAGCAAGGACACCCCAGCUCGCCGCACUCCUGAGUCCUUCCUGGGCCCCUCGGCCUCCUCUUUGGUCAACCUUGACUCAUUAGUCAAGGCACCCCAGGCUGCAAAGACCCGGAACCCCUUCCUAACAGGUCUCAGCGCUCCAUCCCCCACCAACCCCUUCGGCGGGGGCGAGCAGGGCAGGCCCACCCUGAACCAGAUGCGCGCCGGUUCGCCAGCGCUCGGCCUGGCGGCCAGCGGGCCGGUGGGGACGCCCUUCGGUUCUAUGACCUACAGCGCCUCCCUGCCUCUCCCGCUCAGCAGCGUGCCGGCCGGCGUGACCCUCCCCGCCUCGGUCAGCGUCUUCCCCCAAGCCCGCGCCUUCACGCCGCCGCCCCCUGGGAGCCUGCCUCAGCCGCUGCUGCCCACUUCUGGCUCGGCCGGGCCACUCAACCCGCUCCAGCAGGCGGGCACCAACCCGUUCCUCUGAGCAAGGCCCGGGCUGCCUGCUGCCCAGCGCGUGCGCGCGAGGCCCAGGCCCCCUUCUCCACGUGCUGACAGCUCUGGGUCCCGCCCCCUGGCGCGGGGUGGGCGGAGCUACCACCUCAGGACCCGCCCCGGAAGCCAAGCCGGCUGAGACUGCCCUGAGACCUCCGCAGACCCUUUGCAGCUCCCAGGGCUGGAGACUGGUGACUUCACUGGGGCCGAGGCCACGCCCCGUAAUAGAGACUGGAACCCACGUCCUCAGCUCUCACCAAAUGCACUUCUUGCGGGACGUGACGGCUAGAUCUGGACCACAGCGCAAACCACCGCUGCCAUGCAAACAGCUGCUCCACGAUGUGGGGCCCCAAAAUGCUCCCACUUCUUGUACAGACCCCCAGCCCAGCACCUUCGCUUCCACAUGCUCCCCAGACUCGUUCGAUCAUUUCAUCUAUUUAUCACACAUCGGCGCUGGGGACGGUCUAAUAGCAAAAGACAAGAAGUUCCACUGCGCGCUCCUUAUGUAAUAAGCACUUUAGACAGAUGAUGUCAUUUAAUCCUUGCAUCAACAUUCUGAGGUAGAUAGUAAUAUUACUCCUAUUCAGGACUGGCUACAUAAAUUGUGGGACCCAGGGCCCCACGAAUGAAACCAUACGGCCCCUUGUUCAAAAUAGCAUCAUGGGGGCCUCAGAGCAUUAGCUCAAGGGCAAAGCCCUUGCUUGGCCCUGCUUGCACUUCAUAGGUGAAACUCAGGUUAAGCGACAUGCUCAAAGUCACAAACCUAGCACAGAGUGGAGCUGGGAUUCGGAGUCAGACCCUCCAGCUCCGCAGCUCCGGGCUCCCACCAUGAGCCUCAGAUUUAAUUCACAUCAUUGAUAACUGCUGUAGACAAAGCGCUGGGCUCAUCUGAGAGGGAUCCAAGGAUGGCUAAGCCCACAGCCUCCAGGAGCUCAGAACUCAGUGGGGUAGGUGACCUGGGUCCAGGAGCUCAGAACUCAGUGGGGCAGGUGACCUGAGUCCAGGAGCCCCCCGAUCCUUUGUUUUACAGAGUCGCCUUAAAUCUGGCUCUUAUUCCUCCCUCCAAUAGGACUGUCAAGACACUCAAUUUUGGCCAUGACCCCUCCUGGGGGGCUUGUAUGGGGUCUGGGAAACAAGGGGAGGAGCAGGGCCUGGUACCUCAUUCUGGGGGCCGCCUUGGUCGCCCUGAUCCCUUUUCUACUCGAUGCUCUCUGACCACUGGGCACUGGUGUUCCUUCAGUGCUCAGGGUCUGGCCCUGCAGGCAGUGGGUGGGCCUUUUGGGAGUCUGGGGGCAAUGGCUUUGCAUAGGCCAGAAACACCAAAGUUGGGGGAAGGACACGAUGCAGGUCUCCUUCCUAAGGUGGGGGUGGGGAAAGGCGCUGCUUUGGUUUUUUGGAGGGAGGCAGUCCUUCUGUGCUGUUACAGGUAGGACGGACCAGACCAUCUAUUUAGGAGUCAGACUGACAGCAUUCAAAACUGCUCUAAGGUUUGCACUUAAUAAUCACUUCGUAAUAAGUGGUUAUGCUCCCCGACCUUGAGUAAAUUACUUAACCUGUUUA